CUCUCAAAGAAAAAAAAAGUUGCACAAGUUUGAAGCGUCUUGGAGAUUUUUUUCUUUUUGGGUCAUUUGGCGUAUCCUCGUAAAGCGCUGAGAUUUUUUUGGAUUGCCGCUCUUGGAUGUUACAAAGAAAACGUAUUCACAGCCUGAUUCACUUUUAUUUUACUGCAUAAGAUUUUAUUUACCUCGAAGAUUAUAAUUGAGUGAAAGCUUUGUGGAACAAGAAGCUACCUCUUCCUAAAGAGCGAGGAUGGGAUUCGUGAUGCUGCGAUUGGUGAUCUGUACAUAAAAUCUUUCGCUGGAAUGGAGGAUCUUUCUUGUGGAAUGCGGACUUAAUUUGUUUGGCACAAAUGGGUUUGGGAAUGGGAGUUGUGACCUGCUCUUAAGGAGGAGCUGUGGUACUGGAGGCUGGGCAGCGGCAGCGACUUGCGGAUCAGCUCUAGCGCACACAACCUUCCUUUGUCUGCUGGGGAAGGGUGAGAGGUCAGAGGUUGUGGCCCAGGGGACCUGUGGGCAGGCUCUCCCGAUGAGGAACAGCCUGGGUCUGUGAGACCUGGGGGCCAUUCAAGGUUUGGGAGUUUUCGUUGUGUGACCAGUUGCAGUGCCGAAGCAGAGAUGGCUACAGCUAUAUCGUGACACAGAGGGACAUGUGUGCCCGCGGGCUGUGAGAGCUCCUGGGGAGACACCAGGCACACACGCAGAGAAUGCUGGAGGUGCAGGAAGAGAGAGCAGCACACUUCAGCAAGAAAGAGCGCGCCAAGAAGGAGCGAGAGGAGCCCAAGGACGGCCGUCCCGCCAGCAGCAGCAGCAGCAGCGGCAGCAGCAGCAGCAGCACAGGCCUCAGGAGCUCCCGCAGCGGCCAAGCGCACGCCAAGGCCACGCCCACGCCCAGCCCACACCAGCACCUGACUCCGCCCACGGCCGCCUCCCUGGGAUCUCCCUCAAUGCAUUCCAGCAAUCCCAAAGUGAGGAACUCACCGUCGGCAAACACUCAAAGCAGCCCAAAAUCCAAGCAGGAGGCUAUGGUGCGGUCACCCCCUGUGAUGUCUCCUUCCAGCGCCGCCCAAAUGGACUCCAAACUGCCCAAUCAGGGAAAGCAAGGGGGCACGGGUGGCCAAUCACAACCAUCCCCCUGCGACCCCAAGGCUCUGAGUGGGAGCCACGCCCCCAAAGGCCCACAAGGCACAACAGGCAAUCUGGGACUGAAAAAUGGACAGGGCCUGAAUUCGGGCAGCGGGGCGAAAGGCAAGGUGAAGAGAGAGAGAAGUACUUCAGUGGAAUCGUUUGAGCAACGGGACACAGGGACCCCCAGCAAUGAGCCUGACCAGAAAGACGCCGGCAGCAGGGCCAAGCGGAUGUGCGUGGCGGAGAGGCGGCAGCCGUACAGCGGGGCGGACUGGUGCUCCGGGGGCGAGAGCGAUGAGGACGACCCACGCUUCUUCAACUGUAACUCCAGUGAUGUUAAGUCCCAGGACUCCAACUCCCUCCCUCCCUCCAGCGCUGGAAUCAGUCGAUCUUCCACGCCUUCCCACAAUGCUGUAGGAGGACAGAGCACUGUGUCCGACCCAGCCAGCAGUCAGAAGGCUCCAUCAAAAAUUGUUUACGUCUUCACCACAGAGAUGGCCAACAAGGCAGCGGAGGCGGUCAUUACCGGCCAUGCUGACACUAUCAUCGCCUACCACAUGAAGAACAUCUCCAACAGCAAGGGCGACAAGCCCCACCUCCCGGUGAACAAUCAGGUGGGACCGCUCCGAAACGAACCAAAGCCCCUGCAGCAGGGUGCCGCGCCCCCCCAGCAGCAGUCAUCUCAUCCCUCCGAGCAGAACCACCAGGCAGCGUCCAAAGCGGCGCCCCUCGGCCAGCAGCAGCCGGCCCCGACCCAGCAACCCCCGCCGGGGGCCAAACCUGGCGGCCUCCCGGACGGGGCCCCGGGCGGCAUGGACUCCAAGAGCCUGCCAAGCGGCAGCCCCCGAAACGCCACGCCCCAGGACGGGGGCAACCCCGCCGGCACGCCCGGGGCCCCGCCGCCCUGCGCGCCGGGCGCCCAGCCCGGCUUCCCCCUGCUGGAGCCCUCCAAGGGGGGCGACCCCAAGAUGACGGCCCAGCACCACCAGCAGCUGGCCAACGAGAUCAUGUCCAGCAUGGGGGACAACCCCGAGGGCCUGUCCCAGGAGCAGCUGGAGCACCGCGAGCGCUCCCUGCAGACCCUGCGCGACAUCCAGCGCAUGCUCUUCCCCGAUGAGAAGGACUUCUCCCUCAAGGACGUGGCGGCCAUGGGCCAGGGCAACCCCGGCGCUCCCCCUCCCAACCAGGGCAUGAUGGAGGGCAUGCCCAAGAAGCCCGACCAAGGCCCCCUGCAGGCCAUGAUGGCCCAGUCCCAGAGCUUAGGCAAGCCGGGCCCCGGUCCCCGGCCGGAUGGCCCCCCCUUCGGUCAGCCUGGCCACAGAGACAUGCCGUUCUCCCCAGACGAGCUGGGGCCCCCGCCGCCCGGCCCACCCAUGAACUCGCACCAGGGGCCGGAGCAGGGGGACCACAUGACGCCGGAGCAGAUGGCCUGGCUCAAGCUGCAGCAGGAAUUCUACGAGGAGAAGAAGCGGAAGCAGGAGCAGAUGCAGCACCGGCCCCUGCCCGACAUGAUGCUGCACCAGCACGGGCCCCGGGGCAUGAUGCGCGGGCCCCCUCCUCCCUACCAAAUGAACCCUGGGGAGGUGUGGGGUCCCGGGGGCCCCGAACCCUUCCCCGAGCAGAUGAACAUGGGGCCCCGGGGGAUGCACCCCCCGCACCCAAUGCAGAGGAUGCCGGGCUUCCCAGGAAUGAUGAACCCCGACAUGGACACGGGACCCAACCCCAUGGCCCGGCCCGGCAUGAACUGGCCGGACGACAUGCCCAAGAUGGGCGACGGCCGGGGGUUCCCGCCAGGGCAGGGGGUGUUCGGUGGCCCGGGAGGUCGCGUGGAGAGGUUCCCCAAUCCCCAGUCCGUACAAGAGGCCAUGUUCCAGCAGGGGAUGGGAGACAAGCAGCAAAUGGGCCUUCCCCCAGGGAUGGUGAUGGACAUGAACAGGAUGAUGGGAAACCAAAGACCCAUGGACCCCGGCAGCAACAACGGGGGCGGAGGCAUGUUCCCCAGGAUGCCAGGAGACGGCCCCAUGAGCCCCUCCUCCCGGAUGGAGUUUGUGAAGGGGCUGGGGCGGGACAUGGGAGAGUUUGGCAUGGGGCCUGGGAACAUGAACAACAUGGGGCCCAACCCGCAGAUGAUGCCCUCGAAGAUUCGAGAGCCGCCCAUGAACCUGAGCCCGGAGGAGAUGAUGAAGAUGAGGCAGGGUGGAGGAGGUGGAGGGCCCCCGCCCGAAAACAUGGGGCCCCAGCAGAAGAUGAUGCAGGGACCCCCGUUCCCCGACCAGCCUCAGUCAGGGGACUUCAAUAUGGGGCCCAACCGGCACUUCCCAGGCAUGCCCCAGGGGCCCGGAAACAUGAGGGGCCCAAGGGGCGAGGGGCCCUUCGGACCCGAGCAAAGAACUAACAUGGGUAGCAACGCUCGGCUCAGCCACCUGCCGCCACUACCUCCGAACCAGCCCCCCAACCCCGCCAAUCUCAGCUCAGGCCCACCCCCGAACCAGAGGAACCUGGGGCGCAAGCCCUCGGACCUGAGCGUGCAGGCAGGCCCCGUCAGCUCGCCCAGCGUCAACUCGCUCAAGUCGCCCACACUGCGGCAGUCUCCCAUGCUGGGCUCGCCCUCGGGGAACCUGAAGUCCCCGCAGACACCCUCUCAGCUGGCCGGCAUGCUCACGGGGGCGUCCGCGGCGGCGGCGGCUGCGGCGGCGGCCGCCGCCUCCAUCAAGUCCCCGCCCAUGAUGGGCUCGGCCGGAGCCUCCCCUGUCCACCUCAAGUCCCCCUCGCUCCCCGCCCCCUCCCCUGGCUGGACGUCGUCCCCCAAACCGCCCAUGCAGAGCCCUGGGAUCCCCCAGAGCAACAAGCCCUCUCUCAGCAUGACCUCGCCGAGCAUGAUGGGAAACGUGGAGCCAGGUGGAAACGGCCCUCCUUCAGCCCCGCCCCCCUCUAACUCCUCCGGCCAGCCUGGAAACAUGAACCUCCCUGGAAGUCUUCCGUCCGGCAGCCCCUACAACCUCCCGCCAGAACCCACGCUAUCCCAGAAUCCUCUGUCCAUCAUGAUGUCCCGCAUGUCCAAGUUCGCCAUGCCUAGCUCCACCCCUCUGUACCACGACGCCAUCAAGACCGUGGCCAGCUCCGACGACGACUCACCGCCCGCCCGCUCCCCCAACCUGCCCCCCAUGAAUAACAACAUGCCUGGUAUGGGAGUGAACCACCACCCGGGCCAUCCCCGCAUGAUGGUGCCGAACUCCUCCGGGCACAUGCCCUCCCUCAGCCCUAUGGGCAUGAACACCAUGGGCUCCCAGCCCCUGUCUCACGGCAUGCCAAACCAGAUGCCCUCGCCCAACCCCAUGGGGCCCAACAUGCCCCCUCACUCCGGCGGGCCGAUGGGGCCGGGCAUGAUGUCACACGGCAUGAUGAUGCCCCCCGUCUCCCAGGAUCCCGGGAUGGGAAACUCCCAGAUGAUACCUCAGCGAAUGGGCUUCCCCCAUCGGCAGCAGGGUUUCCCCCCGGGGCAGUCCCCUCCACAGCAGGUCCCCUUCCCACACAACGGGCCGGGCCCGCAGGGUGGCUUCCCCCACGGCAUGGGCUUCCCCGGGGAGGGGGGUCCCAUGGGCCGGCUGGGCAACAUGCCCCAUGGCCCCGGCGGGGAGCCCGGGAUGUGCAAGCCGAAUGCCCCCGGCGGUCAGGAGUCCUUCAACAACAUGCCCAAUGUGUUCAACGAUGCCGACCUGCACGAGGUGAUCCGCCCCGGUGCCUCGGGUAUCCCGGAGUUUGAUCUGUCCCGAAUCAUCCCGUCCGAAAAGCCCAGCCAGACUCUCUCCUACUUCCCGCGGGGCGAGGCCUCCGGAGGCAAGCCCCCGCACCCUUCGGGGCCCCCGGGCUUCCCUCAGAUGCAGGGGAUGAUGGUCGAGGGGAACCCCAGGAUGGGCCUCCCCAUGCCUGGGAUGGGCGGCCCGCCAGGUCCCGGCCACAUGGGCCCGCAGGACAUGCCCAUGGGCAACCCGGGCCACAACGCCAUGCGUCCACCGGGCUUCAUGCCUCAGGGCAUGAUGGGACCUCAGCACCGGAUGCUGUCGCCGGGUCAGCCCGGCAUGUCAGGGCAGCCGGGCAUGAUGGGCGGAGCGGGGAUGAUGCAGGGCAAAGAGAGGGGCCCCCUGUACAACCACCCCGGGCCCGUGGGCUCGCCCAACAUGAUGAUGUCACUUCACGGGAUGGGGGGCCCCCAGCAGACUAUGAUGAUGCCCCCCCAGAUGAGGCCCCGUGGCAUGGCAGCGGACGUUGGCAUGGGCUUCAACUCCGGACCUGGGAACCCAGGGAAUCUAAUGUUCUAAGCUGCUAAAGAAACCAGAUACAGUACAAAACAAAAAAUAACGAACGACAUCCAGAAAAGAGAAGUACAAGAAUAAUCAAAGAGGAAUAUAAAUGAAAGACUUGUUCUUACAAGCACACGUGUAGCUUAGAACUACAGCAAACAGGCAAGCGCUUACACUCCUGUAAGUGAGAAGUGGGAGGAGACCACCUGCAUGCUUUGCAGUGUAGCUCCGGCCUGCAGGGGAAAGGCCAGUGUGGAUGUAUACAGAACAAAUAGGGUUCCUCUCGAAUUCUUUUUGGUUUAUUUCGUUUCAGAAACUCCAGAAUGUAUCGGAUACAUCUACAUCAU